ACCAUUAGCCACCUACGAUUUUACUCUGUUAUAUCAGCAAUGUACCCAAAAAGAGACUGGAGACUUUAGAGAGGCAGAUCGACUCUCGGUACAAAAACGAGUGAAAACCUAACUUUUGGAUCGUGUCGGUUGUUAACGGGCAAAAUCAAAGUUAAUUUAGAGCAAAUGGAUGAACAACUAACCGAGGCAGAGAAUGUUCCGGAAAGCUUUUCCACACCUGUCGGACGAGAACCUCGAGUAAAGACGGCUUUACAACGUAACUUUUCGGCACGGAGAUAUAUAGCUUUUUCUGUCUUCUUGGAUAUAAGUAUACCCGAGGCUGUUAGCCUUGAGGAAUUCUUCCUGCAACAUUUUCAAGAUCUCGCCUAUAAAAUAAAGAAAACAUUGAAAGAACAGAUCUCAAGUAACGGGAUUGACCCUGAGGUAAAGCAGAUAUCGUGCAAAGGCGAAACUCUACAGGUUGAACUUCUAUAUCAUCAGGAUAAUAAUUUGUUAUCCCUGAAGCAAAACUUCAAAGAAAUUUCUACCAAGAUCAAAGAAAACAUCAAGGAGAUUGGACCUUGGGGGGAGCCGAUAGAUGUACGCGUGAGGAACUCCAAACAAAUGGACCGAAAGGUGGAAGAAAUAAGGCUGAUAGAAAGAUCUUACUGUAAAAGGGAACAAGGCAUGACUGACAUGCACAAGGAGAUAAUUAAUUGUCAAAAAGAAGCUAUCGUGAAAGAUCUCGAGGUGACAAAAAUACUUAAGAAGCUUAUGACAAAGAGAAUUUUUGAUGAAAAAGAUAAAAAGGCGAUAGAAAAGAAGACUAACGACCGUCUCAGGAGUAGCAAAUUGCUGGAUAUACUACUUGAUAAAGUUCCAGAUCGAUUCAGUGACUUUGUGGACAUCUUGUGUGACGGAACUCAAAAGUUUCUUGCCAUCGGUCUCCUGAAAGAAGAGAGCAAAGAAUACCAAAAGGAGAAAGACGCAUUAUGGUCGUUCUUGAAUGAGAUGGCUGAAGCAAGAAAGGAAAUUUAUGAAAGAAAAUAUGAGCUAGAGCUGGAAUUAAAGGGUGCUCAUGAAAAGAUAGAUAUACUGAAUGAUGAUUUAAGAGCCUUGACGCAGGAAUUUGAAGAACGUGGACCCCCUGAAGAUAUACUGAACCAUGAUUUGGGAAGAGCCUUGGCGCAGGAGUUUGAAGAACGUGGACCCCCUGAAGUCCUCUCUCUAGACACAGAGUUUCCUGCCGGGGAAUCAAGUGAAAGUGGAGAGUUUUCAGGAAUACAGGACCUAGCGUCAGAUGAAGGUACAUGGGAAGAUGAUUCAGAGCUCCACGCCAGUCAGCUCGAGAAUGAAGAACGCCAACCUCCUGAAGGUGAAGAGAUAGCAGACGCCCCUCCUCUUCUCCUUCCACUACCUAUACCCCAGAUACCCAUAUCCGUAAGGGAGGAAGAGGGUAAUGACGGCGAGGUCGACCAAGUCGACGAGGUCUACGAGGGAAAUGAAGUGGAAGGGCUCGACGAGGACGACAUUUUUAAUAACAUUGAACCCGAUUUGAACAUAGAAUCCGAGUUCAACCCAGACUCGAGGAGGUGGAUGACUUUCGCAAAAGGAAAUGUCCUUAGCUAUCAAUUCGAUUUUGACCAGAGAGGUGUUUUUGCUUCUCUGGGAAGAAAAUUUUGUCAUCGUGACUGGAUGAAUCCAGCUGAUUGCAACAUUGGAAUAAAGGUUACCUGGUCUGGCCGUGGCUCAGGAAAGCCUAAGGAUUUACUAAACAGCUUUAAAGCGACCAAAAGUAAGCAAGGUCUAAGUACAAAUAACAGGAAAAAAUCUUGGUGGCAAAUUGAUUUGGGUCAAUGUUUAUUGUUACCCACAAACUACACGUUGAAGAUUGGAAAUCGGGAAAAAGGUGCACCCACCAGCUGGAAGCUGAAAGGACUCGCUGAUGGAGAAUGGAAGACAAUAAGAAGCCACAAAAACUACCAUUGGACACAAGACACAAAAACAUGGCCUCUACAAGGUUUAUGGGGACCCAUGCGUUAUUUCAAAAUAAUUCAAACAGGUGUAAAUUCUGUGGGAACACACGUAUUCUAUCUCUCUGGCUUUGAGCUGUAUGGAGUUCUAUAUGAAAUAGGACAAUGAAAGUGACAGGGGUGGAUUCUCAAGACUUACGACUAGUCGCCAGAUCUAGUCAUGCAUCUUUUACGAUUAUUCAUGCAUGUGUAACUUCAAAAAAGUGUUAGCAAUAGCCAGAUUCACCUGGUUAGUAGCCCUACUAUUAGCCCAGAGUGUAAUGUAAUAUAAAGCUACGCAGUAACAGCCCUGCGGACACCUGCACAGGAGCACAAUAAAACUCUUAUGUUAAAUGAUUAGAAUAAGGCACAUACUCUAUCAGGGAUUUAUAUUCCCUAUUCUUCCUAACUCUUGUAAUAAUGAUAAAAGAAAUUAUCCUUAUCGAUGCGUCAAAAAGGAUCUAGCUCCCAGAGAAAAAGCUAAACAAGGUGUUUAUUGGGUACACAACCAAUAAUUACAAAUAAAGCAUAUGACAUUACAGUUAUUAACAUUUAUUACCAAUAUAAACAUGUACUAGCAUGUAAUAUAGUGCUCUGAUUUUCUUCUGAGAAUGAAACAUAUCAGUUAAACACUCCGCUACGACUAAAAUAGGCGGAUUUAUCAGAGGGCACUUCAGAUAAGAAGUCCCACUGUGUAUCAUAUAAUAUACAGAUUUAGCCAAGCCUAAAAGCGGAGCUCCC